AUGACUUCCCUGCGGGACGGGAAUCCCAGAGUGAGAGAGAUCAGAGUCCCCACACUCUGCGUGUCAGAGCCGCUCACACAGGGGGCGCAAAAAUGCUUUAAGGAGGUGAUUGAUGUCAGCUCAGGUGAUCCCCACCGAGCAGGUAUGAAACCCAUCACAUUUAUCAGACAGGUCUUGGCCGUGUGUUUGUACCCUCAGCUGCUGGAGGAUGAAACUCUUCCUCUGGAUGUCAGGCGUCGAGCUCAGAGGCUCCUCCAGGCUUGUGAUGGUGAAAGUUUAGGCUCCUACACCGCCUCAUCUGGACUGCCUCACGUCAGGCAAAGCAUCGCAGAGUUCAUCAUGAAACGAGACGCUGGAGUUCCUGCUUACAGCAGGAACAUCUUUAUCUCAGCCGGUGCCCAAAGAGCUCUGAUGGUGGUGGUGAAGCUGCUGUCCGGCGGGGAGGGGCAGAGGCAGACGGGCGUGCUGACCCCCCGGCCCUGCCCCCACACGCUGCCCGCGCUGCUGCGGGAGGCCGGGGUGGCGGCGGUGCCCUACCGGCUGGCGGGGGGGCGGGGCUGGGCCGUGGACGUGAGCGAGAUGCAGAGGGCUGUUCGGUCCUGCAGAGGACGCUGUGAGCCCAGAGCCCUGUACAUCAGCAACCCAGGGAACCCCACAGGGCACGUGCAGGACCGGAGGUCCAUCCAGGAUGUGCUGGAGUUUGCGGCAGCACAGAGGCUCGUGCUGCUGGUCGAUGAGGUGUAUCAGGACAGCGUCCAUGGCCAGGACCGAGAGUUCAUCUCCUAUAAGAGGGUUCUGUUUGAGAUGGGCUCAGAGUUCUGGCAGGCCGUGGAGCUGGUUUCCUUCCACUCCUUAUCCUGCGCCACUGUGGCAGAGUGUGGUCUGAGAGCGGGCUACCUGGAGGCUGUCAACAUGGACCCGGGGGUGAUGCACUUUGUGGACACCCUGCUGUGCACGGACAUCAGCACCCCGGUCCCGGGACAGCUCGCUCUGGAUCUGAUGCUGGACCCCCCCAAACCCGGAGACCCCUCCUACGGCACGCACAUCCAGGAGAUUCUGCUAAGGAGGAACACUCUCUCCCACAAUGCUCAGCGGGCUCUGGGGCUCCUGAGGGAGCUGCCGGGGGUGAGCUGUCAGCCGGCGGAGGGGGGGAUCUACCUCUAUCCCCACCUGCAGCUACCCGCCGAGAUCAGGGAGCGGGCCCAGAUGCUCGGAAUGGAGGCAGAUGCUUUUUACCGUCAGAAGUUACUGGAGGAGGAGGGUUUGUUGGUGGGAGCAGGUCAACAGGGUGGAACAGGCGGCAGCCCUCAUCUCAGGCUGUGCGUCCUUCUUCCUCCCGAGACCCUGGAAGAGGUCCUGUCUCGCCUCCGUUCCUUCCACCUCCGGCUCAUGAACGCCGACAUCAGCAGAGUUUGA